AUGGUCAUGCAUGAAGAAGAAUUGCGACGUUUCUGCCGCCCGAAGCAGCUAGAAGUCGAAAUGUACUGGACUAAACUUCGUGAAGUGUACAAUUCUUAUUUGGAAGAGCAUAACCCCAUCAUGAACCAUUAUCAAAGUUUGAAGGAAAAAGAUGAGUUUUACCAGAAAGAAAUAGCGAAGAACGAUAUGCAAAUACAAUUGGCUACGGAAAACCUGUUAAAUCUCCAACAAGAAUGGCAACGUACAACGACCACCUCAACGGACAAGCUAAAACGUAUGUCUAAACGUAAAGAAGAACUAUCGCGGCAGUGCAUGCAGAUUAAGAAAGACUCCAAAGCUGAGAGAAGCAAGCACAAUCACCAACUUACCGUUAUGGUGAACGCUAGCCAGGACGCUGUUCAGCGCCUUGAAGCAGCAAAUGAAACGUUAAAUAAAGCUCUACAAAUGGCGGAAAUAUGCAGCAAAUACGAGCAUGAGGGUGACGACUUAGUUAAGGAUGUGGACAACGAGAUUGAAUCGGUAGACUUCGAGAACCUCGAUGGAGAUAUGAUCAACGAAUGCAAGCAGUACAACAAAAUGAACAAGUUCCUGAUGAAAGUGAACCGCGCUAGGGUGCAAACGAUGUGCCUGAAGACUGAGAAGUCCAAACUGGUUAAGGAAAACGAUCAGCUGAAACACUAUAUCAAACGUUACUUGACGGAGCUGGCUCUCAAGGGCAAGGACCGCCCCUUAAGUAUGAAAAUACGCUCGGAGGUGCAGAAAAUUGAUUCCAAGAUUUUGCGUCCUGUCACGUGCAUAGAGGGUGCACUUUCCAACGCAGUGCAACAUGAGAAACGACUUAAGGAUCUGGAGAAACGCCAGAAACAUUUGGAAAUUAGAGCCUACCCGCGAGUGCAGUGUUGGACUUAG